GCCACUGCUGAACCAGCAAUGGCAGAAGGAAAAGGAAAUAUGAAGGGAUUCAGGAUAGAGGCACCGGCACCGCCACAGCGCACUAAAGCACCGGACGGAGGCUGGGGAUGGAUGAUUGUAGUUGCCUACGGACUUGCCAAUAUCAUGAUCGUACCGGUGCUCCAAAGUUUCGGACUAAUCUUCAGAGAUACCUUCCGGGAGAUUGAUAUUUCUGCCACGAAAGCGUCGAUCAUCAUUAAUCUGGCGUCGGCCGUCGGUAUGGCGCUCGGUUUGUUCAACGGGCCACUGUUGCGAAGGUACGGCUUCCGGAAGCUGGCCGUGGCCGGUGGAUUCCUCUUCUCUGCCGGCUUGAUGCUGACCUCGUCGGCGGUACAUUUCGCACACUUCAUCAUUACCUACAGUAUUAUAGCAUCUCUGGGGAUGGGUUUCUGCAAUUCGUCCUUCUCGCUAGCACUGAACACGUACUUCGUGGUGCGGCGUAACAAGGCGGCCGGUAUUGCGAUGACCAUCACCGGAUUGGGACCGAUCCUGUUGCCCCAGCUGGUGUCUCUGCUUCUCGGUCUGUACGGUGCUCGGUACUGUCUGCUGAUUAUAGGUGCAUUGGCCACGCACAUCAUCGCCGGAGGAUUGUUACUGCAGCCAAUCAAGUGGCACGUGUUGACCGUACCGGGACCGGCGGAUCAGCUGGAUACUGCACCGGCACUGCCUUGUCCUCCGGUGGACGUUAAAAUUUUACCCGUGACCGAGGUUGGUACCGAGGAAGGUAUCGCGGAAGAGGAUGAAUUGCUGGAAAAGUGCAGCUUCAUCGAUCACGAUGUAGAUGCGCAGAGUGUCUACGGGUUCGAGCUGACAUCGCAGAUCCGUCAGCGCGAAUCGUUCUCUCAACCACCGGGUGGAUUAAUGUCCAACGCUGCAGGGGUGCACACGAUUCAACGAACGAAAAGCGAAGUUCUGCCCCCUGUUCGGCGAUGCCCUUCAGAAACGCGUUCUCUAAAGGCUGAACCAACGUCACCAGCAGCCCGUUCCUUACGCUGGUUCCAGUCGGGCUCUGCGGAAAGUGUACAUCUCGGCAGCUCACUAGCCAUAUGGAACGAUCGCAAUUCAUCGGCCACUUUAGCCGAGGAUCGUUUGAUGCAACCGGGGGAACAUCACCAUCAUCAGCAGCGUCGUCCAUCUCAGAGACGCUUCUCGAGCUAUAUUAAUGUGCGGUUUUCACCGCUACAGAAGCGCUGGUUUGAGGGAUCGGCCGAAACAGUCAAUCUCGGCAGCUCGAUGAAGAUCUUCGACGAACGGUACGCAGGGCCGCGCCGAGGUUCUCUUGGCAAUGGAGUUCCAAUGAGUGGCGGAGUAAAACUGCCGGCCCUUAGCGAAAACCAAGGUCUCACCGAUGAGACUUCCCACCUGCCGUCGAUUGUGCGACAGCUCGAAAAUACUAAAGCUACCUCACCCCCACCGUCCUCCACCGUGCCAAAUGACGCCACCUGCGGCGUAAAGUCGGAGGGAUUCCUUACCAAAGUGGUCAAAAUGUUUGAUCUGACGCUGCUGCAGGAUAAAGUGUACCUGAAUAUGAUGCUGGGCAUGUCGAUUGCCGUAUUUGCGGAAAUUAACUUCUCCCUGCUGACGCCAUUCAUACUGGGCGAUCUGGGAUACAGCACCGAGCAGAUCGCAUCGAUCAUGUCGACGCUGGCGUUGGCCGAUCUGCUGUUCCGAUUCAUUAGCCCGUUCGUGGGCGACUUCCUGAAGCUUAGCCCGCGCAUCAUGUACAUGAUCGCACUGUCGAUGCUGAUUGUGACGCGGUUUAGCAUACUUUUGGCGCGAUCCUACGACGAGAUGGUGAUCGUAGCGUUCGGACUCGGUGUCGCCAAGGGCGUGCGAUCGGUGUACAUGAGCCUGGUCAUACCGAGCUACAUACCGCUCAAACGGUUACCGUCCGCGUCGAGCAUACAGAUGACCACGAACGGGAUCGUGCUGAUGACGAUCGGACCGUGUGUGGGAGUGUUGCGUGACUGGACCGGCAGCUACUCGAAAAGCAUCAUCCUCAUCAACGGGUUCACCAUCGUAACGCUGGUGAUGUGGAGCGUAGAAUUAAUAUACGUACAUCGGAGGCAAAACCGCGCCAGACAGAAAGUACCACCACCUUCCGAGGCGGUAACGAUUCUCGUUUCCUGA